AUGAACAUGUUUCAAGCCCAGCUACAGAACCAUGCUGAUGAGUUUGUUUUUCAUGCCGACAACCUAUCCAGUGCACACGUAUAUCUCCGCCUCCGAGAAGGCGAGACAUGGGACAAUAUCCCCCAUGACUUAUUGGUGGAUUGCGCCCAGCUCACUAAAGCAAACUCGAUUGAAGGAAAUAAAAAGGACAACGUCACCAUAAUAUACACGCCGUGGUCAAACCUACAUAAAACAGCCGGCAUGGCCGUUGGCCAAGUGGGUUUCCAUAAUCCCAAGCUUACGCGCAAGGUCCAUGUUGCUGCCCGUCAAAAUCCCAUCGUCAACCGCCUGAACAAAACUCGUGUUGAGAAGUUCCCCGAUCUACGAGCGGAGAAGGAAGAAUACCUGGCAAAGAUCAGACGGGAGGAACGGAAGCUGAGAGAGGAAAAGAAGGCUGCAGAGAAGCAAGAGCGGAAAAAGAGGGAGGAGCUCAAGUGGCAGAAGGAGCAUGCUUAUGAUGACUUUUUGAAUGAGGAGAAUAUUCAGCAGAGCAGCAAUCAGGAUCGGGACCCGAACUUUUUGGACGACUUCAUGUAG